AUGGAGGCUCAGGCUCCCCCUGAAGCCGCAGGAUCUCCUCUAGACCUAUCUCUCACUAUGGCCCCCGGGGCUCCUUGGUCUGUUCUUCCUUCUGGUCGCGGUGGUCGCCAUCGCAGCGGCACGGGAUCAAGGCUCUACUCUUGCCUCUUCUGUGAGAGGAAGUUCCUCAAGUCGCAUGCGCUAGGGGGCCACCAGAACGCGCACAGGAUGGAGAGGGUCGUCGGCAGCUGGAAGGCCCACCUCUACCUCCCUGACCAUCAUCAUGCCGCGGCAGCAGCCACCGGUAUAGCGCGUCUUGACACCGACGAUGACAAGCACCAGAAGCUUGAUCUUAAUCUCAAGCUUUAA